AUGCAGCUAAGUCUUUAUAACAUUCUAACAAAAAUCUCUCUCGCCGGCUAGCUUGUUAGCAGUCGCCAUGGAGAACAGCGGCAAUGAUAGCUUGCUGUUGCCGGGAGACAGAGUCGAGAAAGGGACAUGGAGAGAUCUGCGAGAGGGAUCAUACACCGAAGAGCUCAAGCGGAUCAUCUUCUUCGCCGCUCCUAUGGCGGCUGUGGUCAUCGCUCAGUUCACGUUACAGGUCAUAUCAAUGGUGAUGGUUGGUCACCUUGGAAACCUCGCUCUCGCUAGCGCUUCCUUAGCUUCUUCCUUCUGCAACGUUACUGGCUUCAGCUUUAUCAUAGGAAUGUCAACUGCCUUAGAUACCCUGAGUGGUCAAGCUUAUGGAGCUAAGCUAUACAGGAAACUAGGCCUUCAGACAUACACAGCUAUGUUCUGUCUUACACUAGUCUGUUUCCCUCUCUCUAUCAUCUGGUUCAACAUGGAGAAGCUUCUUGUCUUCCUUGGCCAAGACCACUCCAUUGCACACGAAGCCGGUAGAUAUGCUGCAUGGCUCAUCCCUGGACUCUUCUCCUACGCCGUUCUACAGCCUCUCACUCACUACUUCCAGAACCAGAGCAUGAUCAGACCUCUCCUCAUUACCUCUAGUUUUGUGUUCUGUCUCCACGUUCCUUUAUGCUGGCUUCUUGUUUACAAGUCAGGGCUUGGCUUUCUUGGAGGAGCCUUGGCUAUGGGUUUGUCGAACUGGCUCUAUGCCAUUCUUCUCGGAUCUAUUAUGUUCUUCUCCUCUGCCUGUUCUGAGACACGUGCGCCUCUUUCAAUGGAGAUAUUCAACGGCAUUGGAGAGUUCUUUAGAUAUGCUCUUCCUUCUGCUGCUAUGGUUUGCUUAGAGUGGUGGUCAUAUGAACUCAUGAUAUUAUUAUCUGGUCUCUUACCCAACCCAGAGCUGGAGACUUCUGUCCUCUCUGUCUGUCUCCAAACAAUUUCAACAAUCUAUUCAAUACCACUUGCCAUCGCUGCUGCAGCAAGCACAAGAAUCUCAAACGAACUAGGUGCUGGAAACUAUAGAGCAGCACAUAUUGUGGUCUACGCAGCAACGUCCUUUGCAGUAAUGGAAUCAGUGGUAGUGAGUUUGUGUCUCUUACUUGGAAGGAAUGUUUUCGGGUAUGUUUUCAGCAGUGACAAGGCAACCGUCGACUAUGUUGCAAAGUUGGCUCCAUUGGUCUCUAUCUCUAUCAUACUAGACAGUUUACAAGGGGUUCUCUCAGGUAUUGCAAGGGGAUGUGGAUGGCAACAUAUAGGAGCUUACAUCAAUUUAGGAUCUUUCUAUCUCUGGGGGAUACCCUUUGCAGCAAUGUUAGCCUUUUGGGUUAAUCUGAAAGGUGUUGGUCUUUGGGUUGGAAUACAAACUGGUUCCCUUCUGCAAACGUUUCUGCUAACACUUGUCACUGGCUGCACAAACUGGGAAAACCAGGCCCUUGAAGCGAGAAAGCGUAUGGCUUUGGCGUAAGGGUAACGUAACGAGCCAUGCAUCUAAAGAUUACAGGGGCCAUAUGUUCAACCGGUUACACCAUUGUGGUAGCAGAUUUGGACUAUUGUUGCAAUAAUACUGCCUCUUUAUUUUUUACAGUAAUAAUGAAUAAAUUGUAGUAUACCUGCGAAAAUUAUAUCACAUGGCAAAAUCCUUCACAUUCAA